AUGCGCUUCUCUAUCCCCUGUUUCAAUUCUAAAAAGAAAAAGGAGGGAAAGAGAUGGAGGGAGAUUGAAGGACGGAUAGAGCAAGCGGAGCAUCUGGAACAGCUUCCAUCAUGGAACGCGCUGGAAGAAAACACCCUCAUGAUGCAGGCGUUUGAGUGGUAUGUCCCGGCGGAUGAGAACCACUGGCGCCGUUUACGGAAGGCACUGCCGAGCCUACAGGAUAUCGGGGUAGACUCCAUCUGGAUCCCGCCGGGGUGCAAAGCCAUGAGCCCGUCUGGCAACGGGUACGAUAUAUACGACUUGUAUGAUCUCGGUGAAUUCGACCAGAAGGGCAAUCGCGCGACCAAAUGGGGGGCCAAAGAGGAGUUGCAGGCGUUGGGAUCAGUCGCCCAGAAACUCGGCAUUGGCAUUUAUUGGGAUGCAGUCCUUAACCACAAGGCUGCUGCGGACUAUGCAGAACGGUUUUCAGCCGUCAAGGUCGAUCCGACAAAUCGGAAUAUUGAGAUCUCCCGACCAGAAGAGAUCCGGGGAUGGACUGGGUACGAGUUUCCAGGUCGCGGAGCCAGGUACAGCUCGAUGAGGUACAACUGGCAACAUUUCAACGGCGUCGAUUGGGAUGAUUCUCGAAAGACCAACGCCAUCUACAAGAUUAAAGCCCCUGGUAAAGACUGGGCCAAGGAUGUCAGCACCGAAAAUGGCAAUUACGACUACCUGAUGUUUGCGAACCUAGACUAUUCUAACCCAGAGGUUCAAGCUGACGUUCUGCAUUGGGGGAAAUGGAUUGGCACCCAGAUGCCUCUUCAUGGCAUGCGCUUGGAUGCGGUCAAACACUACUCGCUGACCUUCCAAAAAGAAUUUGUCUCCCAGAUGCGAGAAUCUUACGGUCCAGACUUUGCUUUUGUAGCAGAGUACUGGAAGGGAGAGGUAGAGCCCCUGCUCGACUAUCUCCAUCAGAUGGACCAUAAAGUGAACCUCUUUGAUGCACCGCUAGUCCAGAGAUUUUCUACCAUUUCGCAGACCCCAAGGGGUGAUCUCCGAAAGAUCUUUGACAAGUCGCUGGUCCAAUGUAAACCAGACCAUGCAGUGACAUUUGUGGCAAACCAUGAUACGCAACCGUCCCAAUCUCUCGAAGCUCCGAUCGCAGAUUUCUUCAAACCACUCGCGUACGCUCUCAUCCUCCUACGAGGUCAAGGCCAGCCAUGCAUCUUCUACGGCGAUCUGUACGGCAUCCAAGGUGGAGUGCAGAAGCCCCUGCCCCCAUCUUGCCGCGGCCAGCUGCCCAUUCUCGCCCGGGCCCGGAAGCUCUAUGCCUACGGGGAAGAGUGCAAAUACUUUGACCAGCGCAACUGCAUUGGUUUCGUCCGGUAUGGCAAUCGCCAACACCCAUCCGGGCUUGCGUGCGUGAUGAGCAACGCUGGCGCAGCGCGGAAACGCAUGUACGUCGGGAAAACGCAUAUCGGUGAAGAAUGGACAGACAUUCUGGGCUUUUGCACCGAGACUGUCGUCAUCGAUCCUCAUGGCUACGCCGUCUUCCCCGUUUCAGCGAUGAGUGUCAGUGUAUGGGUGGAUUCCAAGGCCGAGGGAAGAGAACGCUUGAAUCGUCCUUUGUGAGAUUUCCUUUCCGAUACCUGUCUGUUCUCAUGAUCUCCACUGACGGUUCGACAGCGCCAAGAAUAUAUACCGAUAUUGAGCUUGGGUAGAUGCAAUCCUAUUCUCUCUUCUAUUUACAUCCAUCCCCAGUAUAUGCUUAGUCAUACAAAGCCUAUUUUUUUCAGGCAAUUUUUCCUUCGGGGAGUUGUCCGAACGGCCCGUGCGUCUUCCCGCAAUCCCGCGUUUCCUGAUUGGCGCUUCUGAUGUUUCAGUUCGGCAAUUCUGCCGAGAGGCAAUUUUGAGCGCGAAAAUAUUGACAGCAGAAGAGACUUUCAUCGCUGAUGGGACCGAUGAUGCAGUGGCAAGCAGGUUCUGGAUCUUCGGUUAGGGAAGCACCUACCCCUACAGAAUAACAAGCCCAUGCAAUGGCAAAUCGCGGUCUGAAAACGUGGGGGUCAUCCAUUCUCGCCGUCACCUACCUGA